CCGCCUCUUCUCGGACUUGCUUCCGGGCUGGGCGGAGCACAUCUCUUCCCGUACUUGAGCGAGCAAGCCACGCGACGAGACCCAUCGUCCCUGAUGCCACUGGCCUCACACCUUGCGCUUAGACAUGGCUCCCUUGGCUAUGCCUGGUGCUUGAAGCCAUCGCGCAGUUUGGGAGGGAUAUACGGUCGAUACCCGAUCCCGCCGAACACAUGGCAGUCGUCGAUCGUCAUUCGACGGCCACCACCAAACUCCAGAUUUCGCACUGAUGCUUGGCCACAUUCCCGUCGAUUCGGUCACCCCGAGAAGGGCUCUGCACAGUCGGAGCCUAGAUUGCGAUACACCGAGGUCGACGAACACGGCAGCAUCACCCAGUCGGUGUCAUCAAGCCGGUCGGAGCUGCUGGCCAAGUACGGUCUUGCGCCGAGAGAUAUUCGCAAGAUUGAUUCUUCCACCCUGUCGCAUAUCCUGAUCCGACCCACGACUGUGCUUCUUCACCUGUUCCACCUAAAGGUUCUUGUGCAAAGGAACCGCGUCCUUCUCUUCGACAGCUUCCAGUCCUCUCCCGAUGCAUCUUCAACCGUCUCGCCCGCCUCGCGCUCGGCCCUCUUGCGUGAUUUGCAAGACAGGAUUCGACAGCCCACCAACGGCAGCCAGACCCAAACAAAGGAUGAUGCAUCCUCGGCUCCGCUGCCAUAUGAGUUUCGGGCCCUUGAAGCAGUUCUCGGAUGCGUAGUGACGGAACUCGAGCGCGAGCUAUACACCAUCAAGGGACCAGCGUUACAGCUACUCAAAUCACUCGAAGAAGAGGUGGAUUCGGGUUUGGAUCGACGGAAGCUACAUGUUCUUCUGAAUCUUCACAAUCAACUUUCGAGGUUUGCACAACAGGCAGAGCUGGUCCGGACCGCCGUGGAGGAUGUUCUGGACUAUGAAGACUCAAUGGCGGCGCUAUACCUCACCGAUAAAGCCGAGGGACGGGCCAGGGCGACUUUUGACGAUCUCACCACCGUGGAAUUGCUGUUGGACUCGUACUACAGGCUCUUUGACGAGAUUGCGCAGGAGGCGCAGAACCUGGUCGUCACCAUCCGGAAUACGGAGGAGAGCGUCAGUGCAAUUCUUGACGCCAACCGCAAUCUCUUGAUGCUUUUGGACCUCAAGUUCCGGAUGGGUACACUAGGUUUAGCUGUGGGCUCUUUCUUCUCUGCCUUUUACGGCAUGAACAUCAUGAGCCACAUACGGGAAUAUCUUUGGGCAUUCCCAGGUGUCUCAGCAACCUCGGCCUUUCUUGCGAUUGCAACCAGCUGUUAUGGCAUGCUCGUGUUGCGCAAAUUCGUCCGGCUUAGGCUGUCUGGCCGAGGCGAUGCAGCGACGACGGGUCGGAAAGUCCGAUGA